CUCGUGUAUAAUUUAAACACCACCGGUACUGACGCAGUUUCCGUCUCCGGUCGGCCAUAUUUUCAGCGGCAGUGUAAAGCUAAGGGCUGUGAAAAUGUCUGGUCGUCGAGUUGCGUUGAAAGCCAUCGACUGGAUGGCGUUCGCCGAGAGAGUGCCGCCAAACCAGAAGAUGAUGUUCAACGCACUGAAAACCCGCAGCGACGCCGUUGCAGCCAGGCUCUCCUCCCUCCCUGAGAAACCCCCAGUCAUUGACUGGAGUUACUACAAGAGCGCUGUGGCCAAGGCAGGCAUGGUGGAUGAAUUUGAAAAGAAGUUCACUGCUCUGAAGAUCCCUGAGGCUGCUGACACAGAGACAAGCAAGAUCAAUGCCCAGGAACAGGAAGCUAAUAAGCAUGCCGUUGCCUACGUGCAGGCCUCCAUGGCGCGCAUCGCUCAGUAUGAGAAGGAGCUGGAGAUGUUCAGAAACAUGAUUCCGUUUGACCAGAUGACCAUUGAAGACCUGAACAACACCUUCCCCGAAACCAAGCUGGACAAGGAGAAGUACCCAUACUGGCCCCACAAGCCCAUUGCAGAGCUGUGAGCCAGUCUCUGCAGCAGCACAGCUCUCCUUCCCUUCUCCACAUGUAACUGUUUUAAAUAAAGUUCAUGUACAGUG